AUGUUUAAUCCAUUUCGAUAUAUUGCUGAUUUUCUACACUUGGUGUCAUUUCUGAUACUCAUAUUAAAAAUACGCAAAACAAGGAAUUGUUUAGGUAACUGAUGAAAUAAUGUAAUAGGAUUAUCAUACAGAACUUAAGAAAUCUAUCUUGCAGUGUUCUGUGUCAGAUAUAUUGAUCUAUUCAUGUAUUUUGUAUCAGUAUACAAUACCUCAAUGAAAUUACUUUACAUUAGCAGCACUGUGUUCAUUAUAUACCUUAUGAAGUUCAAGAAACCAUAUUGUCUAGUAUUUAAUAUUUCUAAUAUAUAGUCUUAUGAUUCAGCAAGCGAUGACUUUCCACACUAUAAAUUCAUCUACACUGGAGCAGGAGUCUUGGCUCUACUUGUCCAUACAGAUUUAGCACCAUUUGAAUUAGGAUGGUCAUAUAGUAUUUGGUUAGAAGCAUUAGCAAUUAUACCACAAUUACAUAUGUUACAAAAGAUCAAAGAUGUUAAAUAUCAAUUAUCAUUAUUAGGUUGAAAAUAUUACAUCCAAUUAUGUGGGAGCUUUGGGAGUUUAUCGUUUCUUCUAUAUUGUUAGUUGGAUUUACAAAUACUCAUUAACUGGAGAUGUUUGUUGGACAUCACUUUUGGGAGGAAUUGUUUAAACUAUCUUAUAUGCAGAUUUCCUUUACUAUUACAUCAUUAGUCUAAAAUCAGGGAAAGGUAUGUCUUUAGGAGUUUGAG